CCCUCCCCUCCCUCCCAUCACCCUCUGCCCGCCACCCGCCAUGUCUGCCAACAAGGUCAAGCUCUCGACUUCGGACCAGGAGGAAUUUGACGUCGACCGCGACGUCGCAAACCGCUCGGUCCUCAUCAAGAACAUGCUCGAGGACCUCGGCGACUCGGACCAGGCCAUCCCGCUCCCCAACGUCUCGGCCAACGUGCUCAAGAAGGUCCUCGAGUGGUGCGAGCACCACAAGAAGGACCCCGAGCCCAUCGCCGAGGACCUCGACGACAACCGCCGCAAGACGACCGAGAUCAGCGACUGGGAUGCCAAGUUCAUCCAGGUCGACCAGGAGAUGCUGUUCGAGAUCAUCCUCGCCGCCAACUACCUCGACAUCAAGCCCCUCCUUGACGUCGGCUGCAAGACGGUCGCCAACAUGAUCAAGGGCAAGCAGCCCGAGGAGAUCCGCAAGCUCUUCAACAUCGUCAACGACUUCACGCCGGAGGAGGAGGCGCAGAUCAAGAAGGAGAACGAGUGGGCCGAGGACCGCUAACCGGCUCUCCUCUACCUCCGUUCGACUCUCAGCCUCGCUUCGUCUGCCUCGGUCCCCCAGCUUGCCUCAGUUCCCCCCGCCUCGUCCCUCCCCCUCCCCGCUUGAUGCCUCGUCUCUUUCCUCUCCUCUCUGUACCUGACCUACCCCCCCGUUCGCCUUCUCUCUCUCUCGUUCCUCUCCCUUUCGUUCCCUUCCCUCGUCGCCGCAUCCGUGGUCGUCGUCGUCGUUGUGGCCUUCCCCUCCCCUCUCCUGCUUGCAAAAGAUUACGCAACGCCGCUGUUUUGGGCCCUUUCCU